CCCCGAACAGAGCAGGCGAGGAACCUUUCACACAAAUCAGCCGAAGAAAGAACAGCUUGGUCUUGGGAGGGGAGGUCUCCAUGGGGAAGAAGAGGAGGCAGGAUCCAGGGAGGGACGACUCGAGCUCCUCCCAUGCCAAGCGGUCUUGCCACUGCCAGAACGGGGAGAAGAGCAGGCCAAAUGAUGGGAUGCCGCCUCGGGAGGGGCUUGCAGAUAUCAUUCGCGCGGUUAUCGAAUUGAAAGACGUCAUGCAUGUUAAAUUGAGCACAGAGGAAAGAUUCAAGAGAAAAUUUAAAAUGCUGAAGGAAAAGAGGAAAAAAGACAAGAACAAUCACGAGGAAGAUCUCAGAGUACUCAAGGAAGACCUCACAAAACUCAAGAAAAAUCAAGAAGAGCUUGAAAUACAAAUCCAGGAGAUGCGGAAAGAAGAGUGUGCUGAAGUAAAUCAUUACAAGGCAUCUCCAUCUCAGAGAUCACAACUAAGCCAAUCAACAAGAUUUCGACUAGUCAUUGAAAAUAGCGUGAGCAGAACAAUUUACAAAAAGGGAACUAUAGAGACUGAGGAUGGUGGAGGUCACAUAAAAGUUGUCAUGUACGAUGGUGGCAAUCCAAUUGCGUCUAACCACCGUCUUGCUUCAGUAAGAGUUGAGAUAGUUGUCAUUGAAGGAGGGUUUGAUGAAAAGCGAGAUUUAUGGUCUAAAGAGGAGUUCGAGGAAAGCAUAAUGAAACCAAGAAGAACAACGACAUUGACAAGUCUAGUGAAAAACGGUACAUUUAAUCUGAUUGCUGGGAGUUGUGAUCAUGAAGGUGCCAUUAUUAUGGAUAAUUCACAGCAAAGGGAAGUUAAGCUUGGAGUAAGGAUCACAGUGCCUACAGAAACAAGAGUUCUUGAAGGAGUAUCAAAUCCUUUCAAAGUGCAGGAAGGCAAGACAAAAAAGCCAGCACCAAACAAAACGGGUAAAAACCCUUCUCCUCCAGUUCCAACGCGAAACUUGGUACAGCCAACUAGCACCCACGCAACACAAGAUGGUAAAGACCGUGGAAAACAUUCAGAAUUUCCAACUGAUGGUACUGCAGAGGAUAAUCAACUGAGUUAUCCACCAGCUACCGUGCGACUGAUGGUUGAGGGAAAUGGGCAAGCCCUAAACGGCAAUAGUCAACAAUCUUCUCAACAAAUUCCAACGCCAAUCUUGUGGCAGCCAACCAGCACCCACCCAUUGCAACACGACCAAGGGCGUAGCCCGCCACCACCUACCAAGCCGAAUCCAUUGCAGGUAGCAGGAUAUUAUCCACCUUUUCCUGCAUGUCGACAAGACCAGUGCACCAGUUUACCUAAUGCAAGUUCUCAGGUUGCAUUUCCAAACCUUUCAGGGUAUGGGUUGUUAGAUGGCCAGUGGAAUCCCAUCCCUGGAGGGGAGGUAUUUAUUGAAGAUCUAAAUCAUUCAAAUGUACAGCUACCAGUUGAAGAGUAUUAUGUAGAUGCAUCAUUUACAUGUAAUCAAGUACUACUUCAAUGGGAUACCACUCAUGUGGAGCACAAGGAGCACUGGAACUUUCUUGAUCAGUUCAUGCCGCUGUAUAGCACACAGUCAAGGUUCUACAGACAGAGUUUCCCCAGUACAAGUCUCAUGGAUAAAGCCCAUAAGUUACUGGCAAGUAUUUCAUCAGGCGAUUCUGUUUUGAAGAUGAUUACCAGUGUUACAAGUCAAGCCACACAAACUCCUCAGAGGAGAGGCGUUCUCGUUUGGCCCAUUGAGCCAUAUGAUUCAGUUCAUGGGCCACUAGUUAAGAAGAAAAGGAAUACCAAAUAUCAAUUGCGAUUUGUCAAUAAGGUGUGCGAUGACUACUACACACGGGAAAAUAUCAAAUCAGAGGAUGGAAAUCUUUUAAAGGUAGCUUUGUAUGAUGAGAACAAUCGGGUAGUCACAUCUGGCCCACUGUCUUCAGUUUCUGUGGAGGUCGUACUACUUCAUGGUGAUUUCAGUGCUGAAGGUCACGAAUAUUGGACAUCAGAGGAGUUCAGUGCCUGCUUAGUGCAUCCACAAUCUGUAAUGUCAAUUGCACCAGCCUUGGGAGGUCAUCGUGUCUUGGCCCUGACAUGUGGAGAGGCAGACCUUGAUAAUAUCAAUUUCCGGACUUCCUCCUUCCAUGCCAGAUCGGGAAAGUUUGUGAUGGGUAUUGAGAUUAGAAAUGUAAGAGAAGAGAGUGUUCAAGAAGGAAUAACUAACGCAUUUCUCGUGAGAGUUCGCCAAGGGGAAGUAACUGGAACUGGCGAGGAGAUGGCAGAGCCACCGUUCGGGUUGACAUUGCAGACCGCCACCACCUCUGACGCAACAAAGAGGAAGCCCUGGCCAGACAGGAUACUAGACCAGGACCCCGAGGUGGUUUCGCUGUCGCUGCAGACGCUGCUGUUGGACAUGUACGUGUGUGAGAUCUGCAGCAAGGGGUUCCAGAGCUACCAGCAACUGCAGCUGCACCGGCAGAGCCACAACUUGCCAUGGAAGCUGAAGGCCGGCAAGGCGGCGCGGAAGCGUGUGUUCGUGUGCCCGGAGCCGAGCUGCCUGCACCACGACCCCUCUCACGCCCUCGGCGGCCUCGUUGCCAUCAAGAAGCACUUCCGCCGCGAGCACAGCGACACUGCCACUAUGCCUGAAACCGCUGCUCCAGGGCUUUCCCCGCCCACUCCUGCGCAAGGUUUUGAAUUUUGGUAGCAAGAAAAAUUUUGAUGACCCUCGAAACCUAUGAAAUUUCGUAAAU